GCCCCCUUGAUUAGGGAGGCUGUGAAGUCUUUGUAACCUUGGAUUUACUUAGUUAACUAUUCUAUAUCUCCUUUGGGUAUAUAGGUUUUGUGAAUAUAUGGGUGGGUAUAAUUGGGCCACCUGUAUAAUUAUACAUGCUUGCUUUCCUUCAGCCAUGUCAGUGAACUCAGAUCUGGUUCCAUAUCUAUCCUUAUCAGCAUUGACUGAUCGUUUGAUUGAUGAUGGACAAUGGCCAAUGGGCGAAUGCGAGACUGCAACAAUCAGGCACAAGACAACUCAUAAUAAGUACAAUACAACUCAAACUCAAUUGAAGCCAAAUAAAGAUUCCAACUUCAAUGCUUCCCAACCUCAUUCACAGCACCAACCGAGUCUAGUCAUGCUUCUAGAUCGUAGCAGUAGUUAGUUCAUUGCAAUUGAAUAAAUCCCCAAACAGCCAUAUCAUCAGACAUGAUGCCCCAUAACUCAGAAAACCAUAAUGCAUAAAAAACAUGAGAUAAAUUUGUUCAAACAGUCAAGCAGAAAGAGAAAAGGAUAAGAAGAAUAACACCGGCGCCAUCAUGGUCUUUCCGGAAACGCCUCAAUAUGAUGGUAGUAACAUGUAGGGGUAGAUCACGUCCUGCUGCCCCUUGAUGAUGAUGAUGAUGUCCUGGUACAGAUGCCAGUCCCGGACCGGAUGCAAUGCUGUCAAUUAGACAUAUGUCGAUGAAGGAGUCUCCAUAGAUGUAAAACAUAAAUAAAAGAUUAGAUUACAGUCGCGUUUGUUUGGCAAAAGUUCCCAAAUGCAAGCCCGGCAGUUCGGGAUUCGGUCAGUAACACUCCCAUUCGCAAAAGACACACCAGCGUGCAACCCGGUCGGCUAGUACCAGUCCUCGCCAGACGCCGCGUUCGCCAAUCUUGAUCACCGUCUCCCAUACGCUGCCGUCCGCCGGCGCAUCGGUGAAGGCGUGCGUGCCUGUGUGGGGGCUGAGCAUAUGCUCGGGCUUCCGCGUCAGACGCAGAAUCUUGCCUGAUGGAGACUGAAUUG